GGUAUAACCGUUUUAUGAUAACUUAUCACUUCUAUUAUUGUUAACAAAUACGUUACGUUCUCUAACUUUACUCUUUGAACAUAUAGUAUUACAUUUAAGAUCAACAUCACAAAGAAAUAACUUAUAAUAUUAAUUACAACUUUAAAUAACAUUAAUUAUUCAAAAAAAAAAAAAAUUAUGAAUUAGAAUAAUUUAAAGCAAUGUUAUUAAAUGGUUUAAUUUCAAUACAGGAUUUAUCAAUACCUGGCCAAACUCAAAUCCGUCCUCUUCGAUCUUCCUUAUUGAGUAAACAAGUGAAUGGCGUGUAUUUUCUAACCAUUAAAAACUCAAUGUAUCCAAAUUGUAUCAAUUACAAAGUUGCAGAUUUAGAAGCAGUACAUACUAAAUUUGUAAAAGACGGUAAAGCAACUUUGCGAUUUAAACAACCAAAACAUCAAAUUUUAUUAAAUGCUGAUGACCGCAAUAUGUUAUUUAUGUUUUUACGUCAAAUUCAAGACAUUAUUAGUGGGAAAGAUGUUAAAAUUGGAACACGACAAAUUCCAAAGAAAAUACCUUCUAAAAAAGAUGUAAAUCGGUUUGAUCCUUCAGCCCAUGAGUUUAUUGCAGCUGAUCGAUUUGACAAACGCAUAUUGAAUAUGAGACAGCUUCAUUCAUUAAUCUUAGAAAACUGUGUACUUCCUUCAUUACCAGAACAUAUUGGUGAUCUACCUAUUUCUUUACUUAGUUUAACAGGCAGUAAACUUGCUACAGCAUCACAAUAUGAUCAAGACAUUUAUUGGAAUUGGAUGUCUAAAAACACUAUCAGCAACACGUUAACAAGCCUAAAAAUGGAUUCGGUGAAUUUGAAAAUUCUACCUUUUGAAAUAAUGUUUUUAAAAAAACUGCAAGAUUUAUCAUUGGCUAAAAAUAAGUUGAUAAAUUUACCACAAUGCAUUGGAGAGUUAAAAAAAUUACAUACUUUAUCCAUCUCUGAUAACCUGCUGAGGUUUAUGCCAGAUAAUUUAAUUAAUAAGCAAUUUAAAUCUCUUGAUGUUUCAAAUAAUCAUUUUAUAAAUGAACAACGAGAUGCUGAAAUUAUUAACAACUUUAAUUCAAAAGUUUAUGAAUAUAAUAAAAAUAAACAAGUAAAUAAGGUAGAAAGAAUAAAGACUGUCAAUACAAAUUGUAUAAAUUUAGUACUCUUAACUAUAAGAUCAAUUAUAAAUAAUUCUAUCAGAUUUUAUAGACAAGAAAUUCCUAGAACUCUGUGGAGAUAUUUUGAUGCUGCAGGUCGUUGUAGAAAAUGUGAGCAAUUUGUAUUACCUCAGGCAUACUUUGAAUUUAUUCAUUUUAAAAAUCCACAAGCAAUAGAUUAUCAAUGGAGUAACUAUAUUACAGUUGUUCCAUGGUUAUCAUUUGAGUGUUAUAAAUGUAUUGAGUUAAGUUGUCUAUAGUAAUUUUUCAUAAUUUAUAUUAAAUUUAAAAGCAUGUAUCUUGUUGCUUUAAACUGUUAAUAUUUAUUGGUAAUCAUCUAUUUUUAUACUUAAAUAUAAUUUUUAGAUACAAUUCAAU